AUGUCAAACUUCAUUUCCGGGAUAAAUGCCCGCUUCCGAGGCUCCUCGGGCCGUACCGAGAGGAGCCCCGGCCCGGCUGAGGGACCCCUCCAGCCGCCUCCCGGAUCUUCAUCACCAGCGGCAACGCCAACGCCUGCAGGCGCUGUUGCAUCGGGGCCCCUGCCUUUUGAUGGACCUGUGUCCAGCUGGCCACGGCCUCUGCCUGCCUGGCUGAGCCGCCCCUGUGCGAAGCACAUUGUCAAGGGCAAUUUCAUGACGCUCAGCGCGAGGCCCAAGACAGUUGACCAGGGCGAGUGGAUAGCUCAUCAGGUUGUCGAACACUAUAGGGUGCUGUGGAACUUUGUACGCGUGGUGGUUGAGAAGGAUGAGGAUGGCACAUCAAUCUGCAACCGUCAAAGCUGCCCCAAAAUGUCAGCUGGAAGCAGCACCUCAUACACCUGGCUGAACAGCCGUCACGAGCCAGUCGAGCUACCUGCAUACGAGUACAUGACCCUUAUGCAGCGCUGGAUCUCAGGAAAGAUUGAUGACACAAAUCUCUUCCCGUCAGACCCAGCUGGUGUGUCCUCAGCACCUUAUGCUGAUGCGGCCAACCCCGACGCCAAUGGGGCCGAUGACUACAUCGGCAGGCGGAGUGGGUUCCCAAAAGAGUUCCCUGGCAUCUGCCGCACUAUCUUCCUCCAGAUGUUCCGCGUUUACGCUCAUCUGUACUGGGACCACUUCCUCGACCCAUUCUAUCAGCUGAACCUGGAGAAGCAACUCAACAGCUGCUUCAGCCAUUUUGUCUUGACGGCAACAACGCUGGACUUGCUGAGACCGGAGGAUCUCGAGCCUAUGAAGCCACUCGUGGAUAUGUGGGCUGCUGACGGCACGCUGCCGCCAGAUAGCAAGGCUUAUGGGUUUGCAGACUUGAAGCAGGGCAAGGAGCUCGUGGACCUCAGUGCUGCUGCAGCAUGA